UUUGUGCUAAAUCAUCCUGAACGCACCUGAUCGACCAAUCACCUGCUCAGUUUCUGUUAUUCAUCGGAUCACUGAUCUGCACCCGACAGACAGACCAGUGAUCCCAGCCAGAGCAGGACCGACCCUCGCCUAUCCAUCACUGAUACUGGAGUAUUGAUUACAGCUGAGUCACCUGAUAAAGGAAUAUUUGUGAAACGUUAACCUGCAGAAACACAAGCAGCACAUUAAAGUUUAUUUUGUGACUGUGGUGAACUAAUCAAUGGCGGCUUCCGAGCUGAUCCGCGGCACCGACGAUGUCCGCCCUCAUGUGGAAGUUAACGUAACAGCAAGCACCCAGCCCUCAACUCCUCAUCCUCCCAGGGUUGCCAACGGUAACCCGGCUCGCCACACGCCCUCACCGCCAACCGCCGGCGACACCCACGACGCCCACGAUGGCAAAAACAAGCACAGCAAACUGAGCAGUCUGCUGCAGAACCAGCUGAUCCACUCGCUGAGCAGCGGCCUGAGGCGACAAUGCGACUACGUGAAGAUCUCCGUUCCCGAGGAGCGAGCGGACCGCCUCCCCACAGAGUGGUGGAAGACAGCCGUGGCCUUCCUCUACGCCCUCUUCAACCUCGUCUUCACCACCGUCGUCAUCACCAUCGUUCACGAGAGAGUGCCGGACAAGUCGGUAAGCCCGCCGCUGCCCGACAAGUUCUUCGACUACGUGGACCGGGUUCCCUGGGCCUUCACCGUCACCGAGGUCAACGGGCUGAUCCUGGUGGGACUCUGGUUCGUCCAGUGGAUCUGCCUCAAACACAAAGCGAUCAUUGGUCGUCGCUGCUUCUUCCUGAUCGGGACUCUCUACAUGUAUCGCUGCGUCACCAUGUACAUCACCACGCUGCCGGUGCCGGGAAAACACAUGGUGUGCGCUCCCAAGCUUUACAACGACUCAACCGGCAAAAUAUGGAGAAUUCUGAGGCUGAUUUCAGGAGGAGGUUUGUCUCUGACCAGUUCCCACAUGAUGUGCGGUGAUUUCCUGUACAGCGGUCACACGGUCAUGUUGACGCUGUCCUACCUCUUCAUCAAAGAGUACUCUCCUCCGUGGAUGUGGUGGUAUCGCUGGUUCUGCUGGUUUCUGAGCGCCUCGGGAGUCCUCUGCAUCCUAAUCGGCCACGAGCACUACAGCAUCGACGUGGUGAUCGGAUACAUCGCCACCACCAGGACGUUCUGGUGGUACCACACCAUGGCCAACACACACACUUUGCGUGAUGAUCCCAACAACUACCUGUCCAGGACGUGGUGGAACGUGAUCUUCAACUUCUUGGAGAGGAACGUUCAGACGAAGGUUCCCGUCGUGUUCUCAUCACCGCUGCCGCUGCCGUCCUCCUGCAGGCAGCGCUACAGGAUGGUGGAGGGGGGGAGGGACGAGUGA